CAUAUGUUACUUUUGCGAGAUCUGGCAACUCUCGAAACAAGCAUUUUUAUUACAACACAUUAUCCGAAAUUUUUAACAAAAUUUUAAAAUUCCUGUUUGUAAUUGAGGUAGAAUUAGUUGGAAAACAGACUAAAUAAUGUCCAAAGCCAUACCAGAACGAUGGUUGAAUUAUAAACCUAUUGGCGAGCGUGUUCCUGGUACUCGCUUUAUAGCAUUCAAGGUGCCGCUGCAUCAGCAUGUCAACGCCAGAGUGGAGGAGCAUCUCCGCCUGGCGCCCGAAUCACUGCUGGAAUCUGUUCCCGAUCUGGGCCUCAUCAUCGACCUGACCAACACGAACCGAUACUACCAUCCCAGUGCCAUGAUCGACAACGAUGUGCGUCACCAGAAGCUGAUGAUACCCGGUAAACAGACGCCGUCACGAAAACUCGCCGAAAAAUUUUGUGAUUUUGUGGCCGACUUCCUUAAGAGCAAUGCGGAUAAUGACAAACUUAUUGGAGUCCACUGCACGCAUGGAGUAAAUCGAACUGGUUACCUGAUCUGUUACUUCAUGAUAUCCGUUAUGAAGAAGUCCCCCGAGGAGGCGAUAAAGAACUUUGCUGCAGCCCGUGGACACGAAAUCGAGCGACCGAAUUACUUGAAGUCCUUGAAUAAGCUUUCGGAUCAAGAGGCGAAUAAGAAUCGUUCUCUUUCAAAAGAGUCCAGUAUAGAGGACGGUCACAAUGGGUAUGGGUAUAACAGCAGAUACGACGCCAAUAGGGUAUAUAAAGCUUACCGUCAGCAAGAUAGCCACUACCAAAGAGGUGGAGGGUAUCACCAAAAAUCUUACUACAGAGACAAGAACUACAGAGCUCCUGACAGCAGUAACUGGCGAAGCGGAAAUUUCACAAAUUAUUCAAAUCAUUCAAGAAACAACCAGUGGAACCAUCAGGAUCAUCAAAGCUACUAUAAAAACAGCAGAGAUCACAGCACAGACUGGCGAAAGGUCAAUAAUUACAAGAAUGACUGGUCUUAUUCCCGCAACCAUCGACAGGGUCAAGAGUAUCACCAAGACCGGUAUCAAAACAAUAGAUCAGCAGGUGGCUAUCAUCAACAGAACUCGAGAGGCUAUAAACAGAAUCAUUAUCAAAAUUACCAACGAGACGAUACGAGAAGAAACAGCAGACGUAACUACGAGUAUGAGGAGUAGCUUUAUAGUUUGAAGUAAACAAUUUUAUAUUGUAGAAAAUCCCUAAACUAGAUUGUAAUAAAUUUCCAAUGGCACCUUGAGCAAUUUGUAAA